AUGUCAUGAUUCACUUAUACCUAAAUAUAUCAUAUACCUGUAUAUUACAGAUGUAAUGCAAAAACGGUGUGUCGCGAAUUGUUGUGGACAUUGUAGGUGAUUGAAAUUAAAUUGUGCAGUCGGCGCGGCGCGGCUCCAUCAACAAUUAACGUCACACAAUGGGAAGAUUAAAAUGGAGUGCAGUUAUAGGACUACUAUUUUUCAUACUAGAAUUAGAUGCCUUUUAUGUUCCUGGAGUAGCUCCAGUUGAAUUUAAAAAAGGCCAAAAAAUAAAUGUAAAAGCUGUGAAAAUGACAAGUACACGUACGCAAUUGCCAUAUGAAUAUUAUUCAUUGGGAUUUUGUAGGCCAAAAAAUGGAACUGUAAUUUAUAUGUCAGAAAAUUUGGGUGAAGUUCUUCGUGGUGAUCGAAUUGUAAACACGCCAUAUGAAGUAGCUAUGGGAGAAGACAUAAGUUGUAGAUUAUUGUGUCAUUCGCCGCAGAAACCCAUGAAUUGGAAUGAAAAAGAAUCUAAGACUGUUAUCGAACGAAUACAACAUGAAUAUACAGUUCAUUUGUUGAUAGAUAAUUUACCUGCCGCCACUAAAAAAACUCAUAAAGAUGACAAUACCAUAGUUUAUUAUGGUUAUCGGCUUGGUGGUGUCAAAGGUGAUCAAGUAUACAUAAACAAUUAUCUUAAACUUAAGCUGAGUUAUCAUAAACAUGGAGAUAAUGAAUUUAGAGUAGUCGGUUUUGAAGUUGAUGCAAGAUCUGUUGAUUUCAACGAAGUAGAAUUUAAAGACAACAAUUGUCAACCACCGGGUGAUGUUUCUCCACAGUAUGUUAAUCCAAAAGGAACAAGACUUUUAUUUUUAUAUUCUGUUGAAUGGACUGAAUCAGAUGUUAGUUGGGCCAGUAGAUGGGACGUUUACUUAGGAAUGAAUGAUGUUGAAAUUCAUUGGUUUUCAAUUAUCAAUUCUCUUGUUGUUGUAUUCUUUCUAUCAGGAAUUCUUACAAUGAUUAUGGUAAGAACAUUACGAAGAGAUAUUGCUCGCUAUAAUGCAGGCGAUAGUGAUAGUCUAGCAAGUUUGGAUGAAUCAAUUGAAGAAACUGGUUGGAAAUUAGUUCACGGUGAUGUAUUUAGACCACCAACAAAUUCACGUCUCUUUGCUGCUGUUAUCGGCAGUGGUAUUCAGAUAUUUUUUAUGGCACUAAUCACAAUAUUUUUUGCUAUGUUGGGAAUGCUUUCACCGGCAAGCAGAGGAGCACUUGCUACUUGUGCAAUUUUUUUCUACGCAUUUUCUGGUUUGGUCGCCGGUUAUUUUUCAGCACGUUUAUAUAAAACAAUACGUGGUAGACAAUGGAAACGUGCAGCUCUUUUAACAGCAACAUUUUAUCCUGGAAUAGUAUUUGGCACAUGUUUUUUCCUUAAUUUUUUUAUUUGGGGAAAACACAGUUCCGGUGCAGUACCAUUUACUACAAUGUUAUCAUUACUAUGUCUUUGGUUCGGUAUUUCUCUUCCUCUCGUUUACUUAGGAUACUUUUUCGGUUAUCGUAAACAACCAUUCACACAUCCAGUUAGAACAAAUCAAAUUCCAAGACAAGUACCCGAUCAAUUGUGGUACAUGAAUCCAUUUUUAUGUACACUAAUGGCUGGAAUUUUACCAUUUGGAGCAGUAUUUAUUGAAUUAUUUUUCAUUUUAACUGCUCUAUGGGAAAAUAGAUUUUAUUAUCUUUUUGGCUUCCUGUUUCUCGUAUUUUGUAUCCUGGUUAUUUCAUGCUCACAAAUAUCAAUUGUUAUGGCCUAUUUUCAACUAUGCGGAGAAGAUUACAGAUGGUGGUGGAGAAGUUUUAUUGUCAGUGGCGGAUCAGCUGUCUACGUUUUUGCCUAUUCAGUUUUUUACUUUAUGACAAAACUUGAAAUUACCGAAUUAGUGCCAACGUUAAUGUACUUCGGUUAUACAGGACUAAUGGUUUUGACAUUUUGGUUAUUAACUGGAACAAUAGGCUUCUUUGCUGCUUAUGCAUUUAUUCGUAAAAUAUAUGCGGCAGUAAAGAUCGACUAGUCGUUAAUUUUCUUAUAGUUGACUUCUCUUUAUAAUUAAAAAAAAAAAAAUAAUAAUAAUAAUAAUAAAAACAGAGACAAUUUUUUAUUAAUAUUAAUGUGUGCGAAAACUCAUUCUGCCUAAUUUUUGGCAAUUGAAUAAAUAUAUCAGGUGAACGAUAGAACGAAUGAUUAAAUAUAAUGAAUAAAAUAAAAUAGUUAUGAUUAUACUUAGUUUACAUAUUUUAAAGAAACAAAACUUUUCAAAUUCGCAUACUCAGUUGAAUUAUUACUUUGAUGCUUUGAAAAAAUAAAAAAAGACAAAUAAAAUAAAUAAUGAAAUCAUUGUCAUAUUUAUUAGUACUUACAAUAUUUAAAAUCAUAAAUAAAUUUAUUUAAAAAUGCCAGUAUAUUUUAUUUUUGAAUAUUUUUUUCAGUACACUUAAGCAUAUGUAAGUACAAUAAAAAUUGAUAAUAAUCUAGACAAUAUCAGUAUUUUAAAUAUGAAAAAUCUGAUAUAUUAUUUAAUGUACAGAGCUUUGUUAAAAAAAAAAACAAAUGAGAGAUCAUUAUUUAUUUAUAUCCAAUUAAUUGAUAAUAAUCAAUGUAGUUUUAAAAAGUGAUGAUGACGAUUCUUCUUUUGCUUGAUUCGGAACAAAAGAUAAAAAACAAUUAAAAUUCCACCAAUAGUGUAUAUUGUAAUGACGGUAUUUUCAACAGGCAUGUAACAUUUUGAUAAAGCGUAAUUAUCUGGUGUAAAAACUCCCUAAAAUAAAGUAUAAAAUAAUUAUAUAAAAUAUUUAAAUAAGUAUAUAAAAUAAAUAUUAAAAUUAAUUGUAUGAAAUAAUUAUUCAAUAGAUUGUUUAAAAUUAUUUAAAUUUUUUAUUUAUUUACCAUUAAAAAUGAUGGAUUAUUUUUAUUUCUCCAACUAUAUGAAGGAAUUGUAACUUCUAGUGUAUCUUCACCGUGCAUAAGCUUGCAACCAUGAUGCGUAUGACCGUCAACAAUUAAUCUUGGAUUCAAUAAUUCCAAAAGCUAUUCAUUUUUUUUCAUUUAAAAAUUAAUACUUUAAAGUAUACAACAAUUAAAACAAUAAAUAAAUUUAAAAUGAAAUUACUUGUUCAGAUGAUUCUUUUGAUAUACAAUCCCAUCGUUCUCGAAAUUUCAAGUCUAUAAUUUCAUCUGGUGCUCGAUCUGGUUCUCUGCAGAGACUAUCAGACUUUCGAUACAUUGGAAAAUGCUAAACAAAAUUUAUUUUUAUUAUCUUUAUUAUUAAGAGAAUAAGGAAAAUUUUGUUCCCGCUAUAUCUAUGUGAUAGAAUUAGUUAAUGUUAUUGAAAUCGGUAUCAUUAGAUAGGUCUUGACUUGAAUUUGUGCCUUUUCAUAGUUUAAACUCUUUUUAAUAGCCAAGUAUUGACAUAAAUGGAUUUAUCUAUAUCAUUCGAAUUACAUUUAAAUUACGCAGACAAAAAGACCAUCGUAUUCAUUUUAUUUAAAUAAAUUAAUAUUUCAAUUAUUCUGUCACUGAAUGUGAUUGAAUAUAUGAAUCGUUGAUUUGAGAAACCCCAUAAGUCAAGAAAACAAAAUUUUUCAGGAAACAAAAAAAACAUUGUUUUGGGAAAACUUGACAUUAAAAGAAUAAAUAAACAAUUGAAUACAAUAAUGUUAGCGUCUCUGAAAAGAUUCCAACAAGAAAAAUUUAAUUUUUUAACUGAAACUACUUAAAAAAAUUAUUUAAAGUUGAUUGACUUAUGGGGUUUCUCAACCAAACGGAAAAAAAAAUUAUAAAAUCAUUGUUUUUUUAAAUGUUUCUACUCAAAUCAUUUAUUACACUGAUAAAAUGAAGUAUUAAAUAUGUAUUUGAACUCUGAAACUAAGAAAUUACAAAAAAUUAUAAUUAAUUUAAACAUUUUAAUUAGUAAUAUAAUGGUCAACAAUAAAACAACAUUUGAAAUUAAUUUCCCAAAAGAGCGCGAAUUUUAAAUAAAAAAAAGAAAAAAAAUUAUUUCUGUAAAACUAAAACUGCAUAUGUUUAUUUGAGUCAUUGACUUAUUGGGGUUUCUUAAUUAAAUGAAAUUGCUGUCACCCCGUUAAUUUUUUUUUAAACGCUGAUUUGAUGCAUAUUUUGAUUGAUUUCUAUGGAGGGAGAUCCAAAGAACCCAAAAAUGCAGAAACCCAAUUUCGCAAAAAACAUGACUUAUGGGGUUUCUCAAAUAAACGAUUCAUAUAUAACUAUUAUAAAAGUAUAUAAUUAACAGAGAAUAUGAAAAAUUUAAUCUAUGUCAUGUCUUCUAUGAUAAUAAAAAUUAAACAAAUUUUAUUUGGUAUCAGUGACAAAAAUAUAUUAGAUGACUAAUAAAAAAAAAUUGACCGUGUGAAGAUUUUUUUUCAAAAAUCCCAUGAUAAUACAAUCAUCGAAAUCAAUAUGUAUGGAAUAUACGAAGCUUUAAUCGAAAUUAAUCCAAAAUAAAUAAUUGUCAAAAUUUUAUGCACCAACUUCCCGAGUAACAAGUUAUUAAGUAAAAAAAUGAAAACAGUUAAGUACUUGAAGUAAAAUUGGCCUGCUGUAUCUUUCAAUUGUAUUUUUCGUAGACUUUGAACAAUCAGUUUUUAUACCUUUUGCACAUUUCAAUUGCUCUAUUUAAACAAAAAAAAUUUUAAUAAUUAAGAAUAAAUUAAAUUAUUAUCAUUAAAAAUAAAUAAAGAUUAUACUUGAUAUUUUAUAAGUAGCAACUUCAGCGGGCCUACAAAGAAAACAUCCGUCUCCUUCAAAGGCCAUACUGUUAAUAAGUACAAAAUGAUUUCCUCGUAUACUGACUCUUCGGACAUUUGGUGAUUUCAUACCAUCAAUAAAUCGUUGAUUUGUAUAAGGUGUUAUUGCUGUAAUAAUUAUAUUUUAAUAAUAAUUAUUCUUGAAAAAUAACUUGAGUAUACAAACCAUAGUGAAAACCCAUGUCAUGAUUUCCGGCAAGUACAUAAGAAUAAGUAUUUUUUGGAACCGCAAAAAGAGAAUGGAAUCUAUUAACAUAAGUUUCAAAUUGAUCUGGACUACUUCGAAGUCCUUCAUCAAAUAUAUCUCCU